GGAUGGCUAGCUUUGGCUUGGCAGUGAAUUGCAGAUAAACAAAAUCAAGCACAAGCAAUUUCACAUCUCACUCUCACACGUAGGGAUCAACAAGAAUAAGAUGGGAACGUGGUUCGCAAAUGCAAAGCCGUAUCUGCUGUUAGUGGCGGUUCAAUUCGGUUCUGCUGGAAUGUUCAUUUUUGCCAUGGAUGCUAUUAAGAAGGGAAUGAGCCAUUUCGUCUUCAUCGUCUAUCGUAAUGCCAUCGCCUCUAUAACUCUCGCUCCCUUCGCAUUUUUUCUAGAAAGGAAAGUUAGGCCCAAGAUGAGUUUCCGGGUAUUUUCAGAGAUUAUGGCACUGGCUUUCUUCGAAAUAAUACUGGAUCAGUGCUUCGCCCUCUUGGGCAUGAAAUUCACGUCGGCUUCUUUCCUAUCUGCUGUCAUGAACUCAGCACCCUCUGUUACUUUUGUGAUGGCAGUCAUUCUAGGAAUGGAGCGCAUGAAGAUUAAGGAGGUAGCAUGUCAAGCGAAAGUGAUUGGCACAGUAGUAACCUUUGGAGGCACUUUGCUAAUGGCACUAUACAAAGGCCCUGGGCUUAGUAUUAUGGGAUCUUCAGCCAGCAAUGCUAGCCAACCUCAGAAUGUUAGCAACCCCACUGGCAACCACUGGGUCAUUGGGACAUGUUUCCUUCUCAUUGGUUGUGCAGGCUUUUCUGCAUUUUACAUAUUACAAGCCAUAACAUUGAGAAAAUACCCAGCAGAGAUGUCCCUCGCCACUUGGGUUUGCUUUUUUGGUGCAAUUCAAAGCUCUGCUGUUGCAAUCGUCGCCGAACGUCAUCGCCCUCAUGCCUGGUCCCUUGGUUGGGAUACAAGACUCUUUGCUCCUGCUUACGCGGGAAUAGUUACAUCUGGAGUUCAGUAUUACAUACAAGGCAUGAUCGUAAAAUCUAUGGGGCCAGUUAUUGUGACUGCUUUUAACCCCCUUCGUAUGAUCAUUGUUACGGGCUUGGCCUGUGUCAUCCUCUCUGAACAACUCUACCUCGGAAGCAUUAUUGGAGCAGUGGUUGUGGUUCUUGGGCUUUAUGUAGUAGUGUGGGGAAAAGCUAAAGAACGCAAAGGCCAAAUUCCAACGUCCCCGACAGAGGAUAACUCUGAAGAAGACCAGCGACAGCUACCGGUCACAGCUCCCAAGAAUGAUAAUAAUAAUUAAUAAGGCUUAAUUAUAGUCCAUAGCCAUGAUGAAGAAAAUGAUGUGGAAGGCACAAUAUCAAAUGAGAAAGUCAGCAAUCGGUUUUGUUUAAUUUAAUUAGACAAUGGUGAAGCUAGCAUUUCUGUACAACUGACCUAGGCCAAUAUCAUGCACAUUACUCAUACCAUGCAAUUUGUGGGAUAAGUGGCAUGACGCUUGAUGAAAUUUAUCAUAUAAUUAAUUAGUGCCCACUUUGAGCUGCAUCAUUGUUGUUGA